AGGCCCGGGGGGGUGGGAAGGAAGGCGGGCGAGGAGGAGGGAACGCCGGGGCGCGGGAGGGAACAGCCGUGUGGUGGACGCGCGAGCCGAAAGCGGGUUGCGGUCGUGAUUUUGUCGCCGCCGCCGCCGAGGCUCGCCCGGGGAUGUCUGAGUCCGCGCCUCGCGGCCCCCGAGCUUCAAGCGGCGGCCGCCGCCCGGGCCUCUAAGGGCCGCCACGUCCCGGCGGCGCGCGCGCGGGCUCAGGGCGGCUCGGUGCCGGCGGGGUUGCCCGGGGAGUGCCGGGGCGGGCCGGGAGGGGCUGCCCAGGCUCCGCGCCUACCCAGCACCGCGGCCGGCGCCCGGCCAGGAGGAUGCGCGGCGCCGGGCUCUGAAGCAUGGAGGGGGUUCUGUACAAGUGGACCAACUAUCUCACAGGUUGGCAGCCUCGUUGGUUUGUUCUAGAUAAUGGAAUCCUGUCCUACUAUGAUUCACAAGAUGAUGUUUGCAAAGGGAGCAAAGGAAGUAUAAAGAUGGCAGUUUGUGAAAUUAAAGUCCAUUCAGCAGACAACACAAGAAUGGAAUUAAUCAUUCCAGGCGAACAGCAUUUCUACAUGAAGGCGGUGAACGCGGCGGAAAGACAGAGGUGGCUGGUUGCUCUGGGCAGCUCCAAAGCCUGUUUGACUGAUACUAGGACGAAAAAAGAAAAAGAAAUAAGUGAAACCAGUGAAUCACUGAAAACCAAAAUGUCUGAACUUCGCCUCUACUGUGAUCUCCUAAUGCAGCAAGUUCAUACUAUCCAAGAAUUUGUUCAUCAUGAUGAGAAUCAUUCAUCUCCCAGCGUGGAGAACAUGAAUGAAGCCUCUUCUCUGCUUAGUGCCACGUGUAAUACAUUCAUCACAACGCUUGAGGAAUGUGUGAAGAUAGCGAAUGCCAAGUUUAAACCUGAGAUGUUUCAGCUGUCCCAUCCGGAUCCCUUGGUUUCUCCUGUGUCACCUUCUCCUGUUCAAAUGAUGAAGCGUUCUGUCAGCCAUCCUGGUUCUUGCAGUUCAGAGAGGAGUAGCCACUCUGUAAGAGAACCAGUAUCUACACAUCACCGACUCGCCCAGCGCCGCCGAAGAACCUACUCAGAUACAGACUCUUGUAAUGAUAUUUCUCUUGAAGACCCAGAUAGACCUGUUCACUGUUCAAGAAAUACACUCAAUGGAGAUUUGACAUCAGCAACAAUUCCUGAAGAAAGCAGACUUAUGGCCAAAAAAAAAUCUGAAUCGGAAGAUCCUCUUCCAUCCUUCUCUUCCUGAGGAAACGGAAGUGUCCAACUUCCUCUAAGUAUUGCUAUGCAAAAGCUGCUGUAAUUAAACUAUGUUAUAGGGAGUAGUUUUUCCCUUAGGAUUUCUCUGCACUUUAUAGAAUACUGUAAAACAAACAAACAACAACAAAAAAACAACCCACAUACCUUUGAAGUGUAUUUUAUCUUUAUAUAGUUUAUUUGCAAGAGUAUUUUCCUAAUAACUUCACAGUAUGAAUGUGCAUCUUUUCUUUUUUUUUUUUUUUAAACAAAUGAUGGUGUAACAUUUUGACCUCCAUAAGGACAAAUGUAGAUAUUUUUCUAAAAAACUGUGAGGGACUGACAGAUGAGUCAGUGUGUAUUGUAGCUUAUAAACAUGAAAUCUUAGAAACAUAAGGUUUCUGUUUGACAGAAGUGUGAUAUAUGUAACUUGUGCCAUGGACCAGACGGUCACUUUACCCCAGCUAAAAAUGAAUUACAAUAGCAGCUUGAUGGAGAUUCUAUUGUAUUCCUUUAAGCAAAAGGACACAUUUAAUAUUCUAAAUAUUUUUAGCCCAAAUACCGUAACAUAUUGAGGAUUUUUUAAAAACCAGGCUGUGCUGUCCUUCAUAUGUGAAGUUGACACUACUGAUUUGUCAAUACCAAAUGUUGGGUUAAAGUAUUUAACUUUUAUUUAUUUUUCUGUUGCAUCAAAAAAAUGAUUGCAUCCUAACUUUUAUGACCUACCAAAUUUACGAUGUGUAUACAUUGUUAUUUACAUUGUUCUAGAAAAGAGGUUAAUGUUGUAGUGACCUUGCUCACUUAUACCAGAGAAAUAAAUGCCUUUCAAUGGAAGAGGAUUUUAGUGCUUUUUUUCCUAAAAUAGAUAUUAAGCUGCUGUUGUAAGGUAUUAAUGUUUGCAGCUGUAGACUCUCUAGGGACACUUUUUUAUUUAUGACUAUUUAUACAAAAAAGGAAUUCUGUCAAGGUGACUGCUCUACAUCACUUGAGAAUGGCAUUAUUUAAUUAAAGAACGAAUAGCAUUUUUUGGUAGUGCCUGUCCAUACCUAUUGUCAGUGUUUGCCUUGUAAACUGUUUCUUUUUUUUUUUUUUUAAUUCAUUUUGGAGGGAUGGUUUGGUCCAAGGUCUUGGAUGAGGAGCAUUUUAAAACAAACUGGUUUGGUGUUUUUAAGUUAAUCACAUGUUUAAUAAAUAUAUGGUUUUUGCAUUCAAACUCCUCAUAUAAUACAUUGUGUUUUUUAUAUUAUUGAUAUUCUGUCUAAUCUUUAUCAAGUGCUAUUAGUAUUCUUUAUUGCUUUGGUUUUGUUUGUAUUUUUUUUGGUUUGUUGCAUAUUUUUUGAGGCAUAUUUUUUGGUUUGUUGCCUAUGAGCUUAGAAUAGUGUGGCCUACUUCACUUUCAAUUUUUUUCAUAGAUUUAUGUGGGACUUUUUUUUAAAGAGUUAAUAUUUGGUAUUUACUUCACUAAAAUAAAUCUGUAAUUAUAAGUUUAAAAUGGACAUAAACAAUCUAAAUACAUUAAUAUUCAUUUAGAUAAACUGUAUGCUACAUAAAAGUAUUUGUGAUUUUAAAUAGCACACAAAUCAUUAGACUAUCUUAAGUGGAAUUGUUUUCUGCUCAUAUGUUGUAUUUCAUAUGUUUGAUUUGAGAACAUUUUAAUGAUGUAAGUUUCAUGUUGAGUGAGUAGUCAGAAUUUUUGCUUUUUUUUUUUUGUGGUAGUAAGAAUUUGCAUAGUGAUUAGAUCAUGAAAGUCAAGGUGCUACUGAUAGGGCGUUUUCAGGUUGGUAUUUUUUUGUUUUGAACCAGUAGGUUUAUAAUGAAAACACUAUACCAGGCUUUUGAACUCAUAGGAAAUAAAUCCAUUUUUUAUUGCUUUAUCCAAAAAGAUGAGUUCUUGAACAGUUUUCUGUAAAUAUUUUUUAAAAUAAAAUACUAUCAUUUC